CCCUCAGUCCACCACAGCAGUGUCGCUGUGUCAGACACUACUUCACUCCAUGGAUCUGUCUCUCCCACUCAUCUGGCAGAGUCGCAGGUCGCUUUCGCAGGUGCCCGAUGGGUGGUGAUCCCCGAUGACCACUUGCUCGCAAUGAGCGCCCUUUCUCCUAAGAGGAACAGCGCCGCCAGCAGUACUGUCCCCCCGCCUAGACAGAUUCGCUUUGUCUCCAAUGACGGCCAGCCGCAGACCAAGAGGCGACGCAUUAAUGCUGCAUGUCGAACGUGUCGCAAACGCAAGAUCCGAUGUUCGGGUGAACAACCAGUGUGUAAAACAUGCUCCGACUGCGGCCAAUCCUGUCUGGGGUACAACGAGCCAGGAGGGUUUCAUCAGCAGCUGCUACGGACGCAUUCCGAUGUCGACUCUCAUCCGCCGACGGCGACCGUUCCUCGUGAGGAUCACGCAUCGACAAGCGCGCCCAAGAUCCCCCAAAUCCGCUCCCCAGACACCCCGCAGAUAGUGUCGCCGAGGGCGCCGGCGCCGUCCCGGUUGGAGACCGCCAAACCCUCGUCUCCUCUGCUGGAUAUCGUCGCCAUCCCCCCGGGGCGUGUCAAGAGGGAACUGGAGCUACAGGCCGCAGGGGAAAGUCCAGAGAGCAGUCGCACCUCGCUGAGCUCGACAAAUCGUACCCAUGUGCCGUACUUUCGAUACUUUGGACCGACGGCUAUCGUCCCGGGGUUCAAGCAGAUGGUGGUCCAGGUGCGAGGGUCGCGCAAAAGUAACCCGUCCAUCUCAUCAGAUUCGCUGUCUCCCCUCCGCAGCCCCAAGUUCCCAGAGACAGGCGUAGGCUCUCUUGCAGCCCUGGCGGAUGCCCGCGAUACAAAUUCCAUCCCCUUCUACGACCGAGAUGAUGCCUUACCCGUGGGGAAUCUGGUCACCCAUCUCUGCGAACUGUUCUUCGUUCAUCUGGGCUGCAGCUUUCCCUUUCUGCAGCAGGAAAGGUUUCUUCGCGAUCUCAAGGACAAGAGGGUGGAUACCAUGCUCGUAGAUUCUGUCUGUGCCCUCGCCGCCCGCUUCUCCCCUCACCCGCUGCUCAGCCCGCUCCAAGCACAAUCCAUCGAAGGCACCGAACCUCAACCCGAAACGAGCAACAGGUCCGACCGCGGGCAGCCUUUUGCCCACCGCGCGAUGAGCGCCCUUGUCGAUGCGCUGUCGUGCCCCACGCUCUCCGUUGUGCAAGCGUGCUUGUUGCUCGCGUACGAGGAAUUCGGAUCGAAUCACGACAGCGGGCUCUGGAUGUAUCUGGGCAUCUCGAUCCGAAUGGCGCAAGACCUCGGCUUGCAGAAGCUUCAAGGUCUGCGCUACAACUACGGCGCCUUCGGACUGACGCCCAGCGCAGUUCAGACCGGGCACGCGGGUAAACUACGAGACGACCAGUUCGAGGAAGCCCAAGUGCGCAAAGACUCUGACUCCAGCCAGGCUACAGGUUCGGCAGACGAAAUUGCAACCGAACGUGAGAGGGUUGACUCCUUCUGGAGCAUUUUCUUCCUCGACCGUGUCAUUUCAUCCGGCACUGGCCGGCCUGUCACCCUGCGGGACGAAGAUAUCGAACUGUGCUUCCCCCUGCAGUCUGACUCACAAUUGGCAAAUACCUGGCCGGCACCCUUUCCACCGUUGAUUCGCAUCAUCCACUUGUAUGGACGCGUGACGGACCUCAUUAAUGGCAUCCAGGACGUCAAUCAUGUCACGCCGGAUACAUUGAAACUCCUUGCCGGGAUGGAGAGUGAUCUAACUGGGAUAUAUCAACGUCUUUCACCAAAACUUCAUUUCAAUGCAGCGAACUUCCAGACCUAUGUCAAGGCCAAGGAGGGCACGAAUUUCAUCUUGUUGCAUUUUUGGUUCCAUACGUUGAUUGUGCUGCUUCAUCAGCCGACGCUUCUGAAUUCCUUUGGAGGGACAAUCCAGCAGCUGUACCCCAACAGCCGCGAGCUGUCCAUGUCCUCCGCUAAGACUAUUGCCGAUAUCCUCUCCUUUUCCGAGUUGAUCGAUGGGAAAAGCUUCAUUGGGAAUCCAUUCACUAGCCAGCCGAUGUAUAUUGCUGCCUGUGCAUUUCUUAUGGAAAGCGCCUACUACUCAUCCCCCUCGUCCCGAUCUGGCUCGCCUCCUGCCCAGUCACUUUUAACCAACCAGUCCAGCGGGUUUGUGAUGCCUAAUUUGACACAUGCCUCUGAGCGCAAGUCCACCGCAAAGCACAUCCUGCUGGCCUCUGCCGCGAAAGAGAAUUACCAACGGUGCUAUAAGGCGCUCAAGGCCCUGGAAACGUAUUGGGAAGGUACCAAAUACAUUCUCACCGUGUUAGAUCAGAAGGCCAAAGGCAUCAUGGAUCCUCUUCUUUACACUGCCGAGGAAAUGGAGAGCACCUCUGAGAUUUCACCCAUCCCUCGGAAUUCUACCAGCGAUGUGGCUCCUUCAAUACCCGGAGCAGCUGAAACACCCACCAGUGGCCGACUGUCUCCUCGCAUUGAUGCUGGCCAAGCCAUUGGAUGGGCGCUGACUGGAGCCACCAACUCGUCGCAACCGAACUUGAGUCUCCUCUACCAAAUGCCCGCCAUACAGCCCGAAUACUCGAAUAAUGGGUAUUUGGAAGUGCCCAACCAACCCAGAGGAUCUAAUCCCUCGCCCUCAUACCCGCAACCCCUUCAACCCGUCCGACCGUCUCAUCCGAGUCGAGGUUCAUCCUUCACGACGGCGGCGGGACCAUCUCUUUUCCCGUCGCAUCCCACUGGGUCUGUCGCACCGUCCGAUCCGAAUGUUCUCUUAGGCUUGAACACCUCAUCAUACCAGCACCCCACCAGCCGUACCCCAUCUGAUAGCCAAUCCUCCUUCCAUCUGCCACAGUCACAGAUGAAUAGGUCCGCGACGGCAGCUUAUAAUUACCCGCUGGCCAGCCCUGCCGUCGAGCAACCCACCUCCAGUCACAUGGAUCUCCGAGGAGACGUGCUCAUCGAAUGUCAAGAUAUCGACAUGGCCACGUUGCACCAGCAGAAUUCCCUGCCGUUCUCGAUCACGGGAGAAGUCCUCCCGUGGCUGGAGUACCUCCCACAAGACGUCUUGAGCUACUUUGGCGAUCACACUUUCCCCUUAAUGAACCCUGAUGAUGGAGAACACCAGCCCCCGCCUUGAUGCCCCCCCCCCCC